UCACGGCUGCAGUGCCAGUGAAUGAUAGUGUCUAGAAAGGGUAUGUCCCUUCAGGAGAGAGGUGCCAAUGUCCAACCGGCCUAAUAACAAUCCAGGGGGGUCACUGCGACGUUCACAGAGGAACACUGCUGGGGCCCAGCCACAAGACGACGCAGUAGGAGGAAGGUCACACUUAGGGCAGGCAAAACAUAAGGCACAUAGCCCUCCUGAGAGUAGAAAAUCUAUUUCAAAGACACCCAAAGUGCAGUCUAAUACUACUUCUGAGCAGUCCAAGGGACACUUUUCUAAAAGAGGCUGUAGCUCAUCUGCUGUUAUAAUACCACAACAAGAAGAUCCAGAAAGAGUCAGUACUUCAGAAAAGCAAAAAACGGGGCAAGUGCCUAAGAAAGACAAUUCUCGAGGAGUUAAACGCAGUGCUAGUCCAGAUUACAACAGGACAAAUUCUCCUAGCUCUGCUAAAAAACCCAAAGCACUUCAGCACGCUGAAACAUCCUUGGAAACUAGCAAGCCACAUAGUAAAUCUAAGAAGAGACACUUAGACCAAGAACAACCCAAGUGUGCACAAUUGCCAUCAACAAGCAAGGCUCACACCAGAAAGGGUGGAGCUGCUGGUAGCUCCCGAAGUCAGAAAAGGAAAAGGACAGAGAGCCCGUCUUGUAUAAAGAGUGCUUCAGCAGCUGAAUCAACUGGCGCUGAAGAGAGGUCAGCAAAACCCUCCAAGCUGGCUUCAAAAUCGGUGACCUCAGCCAAAGCUGGGUGUAGCACCAUCACUGAUUCCUCCUCUUCAGCUUCCACGUCCUCCUCCUCUUCUGCUGUUGCCUCUGCUUCCUCCACUGUUCCUCAGGGUGCAAGAGUAAAACAGGGAAAGGACCAGAAUAAGGCUAGACGUUCCCGUUCUGCAUCCAGUCCCAGUCCGAGAAGGAGUAGCAGGGAUAAAGAACAGAGUAAAACAGGUGGCUCUUCAAAGUUUGACUGGGCUGCUCGCUUCAGCCCGAAAGUUAGCCUGCCUAAAACAAAACUGUCUCUACCAGGCUCUUCCAAGUCAGAGGCAUCAAAACCUGGACCUUCAGGACUGCAGGCAAAACUAGCAAGUCUACGAAAAUCUACAAAGAAGCGCAGUGAAUCACCACCUGCUGAGCUCCCCAGUUUGCGGCGGAGCACACGGCAAAAGACCACGGGCUCCUGUGCUAGCACCAGUCGGCGAGGCUCUGGCCUGGGCAAAAGAGGAGCAGCUGAAGCUCGCCGACAAGAGAAGAUGGCUGAUCCGGAUAACAACCAGGAUGGUGUUAACUCUUCAGCUGCACGUACAGAUGAGGCUCCCCAAGGGGCUGCAGCUUCUAGUUCAGUUGCUGGAGCCGUAGGUAUGACAACCUCUGGAGAAAGUGAGUCAGAUGACUCUGAGAUGGGAAGAUUACAAGCUCUGUUAGAGGCUAGGGGUCUUCCUCCUCACCUGUUUGGCCCUCUUGGUCCUCGGAUGUCGCAGCUCUUCCACAGGACAAUUGGAAGUGGAGCUAGUUCUAAAGCCCAACAGCUUCUACAAGGUCUCCAAGCCACUGAUGAAAGUCAGCAGCUGCAGGCAGUGAUUGAGAUGUGCCAGCUGUUGGUCAUGGGAAAUGAAGAAACAUUGGGAGGAUUUCCAGUCAAGAGUGUUGUACCUGCUUUGAUAACAUUGCUGCAGAUGGAGCACAACUUUGAUAUUAUGAACCAUGCUUGUCGGGCCUUAACAUACAUGAUGGAAGCACUUCCCAGAUCUUCUGCUGUAGUGGUAGAUGCAAUUCCUGUCUUCUUGGAAAAGCUGCAAGUUAUUCAGUGCAUUGAUGUGGCAGAGCAGGCACUGACGGCCCUGGAGAUGUUAUCACGACGACAUAGUAAAGCUAUUCUGCAGGCAGGUGGGUUGGCAGACUGCUUGCUGUAUCUGGAAUUCUUCAGCAUAAAUGCACAGAGGAACGCACUAGCUAUUGCUGCUAACUGCUGUCAGAGUAUAACGCCUGAUGAGUUUCACUUUGUGGCAGAUUCUUUGCCACUGCUUACGCAAAGGUUAACCCAUCAGGAUAAAAAGUCCGUUGAAAGCACUUGUCUCUGUUUUGCACGGCUAGUGGACAACUUCCAGCAUGAGGAGAACUUGCUCCAGCAGGUUGCUUCCAAGGACUUGUUAACAAAUAUCCAGCAACUCUUGGUAGUGACUCCUCCUAUCCUGAGCUCAGGAAUGUUCAUCAUGGUGGUGCGCAUGUUUUCCUUAAUGUGCUCCAAUUGCCCUACACUUGCAGUGCAACUUAUGAAGCAAAAUAUCGCAGAAACGCUUCACUUCCUCCUCUGUGGAGCCUCAAAUGGGAGUUGUCAAGAACAAAUUGACCUUGUUCCACGGAGUCCUCAAGAACUUUAUGAGCUUACUUCUCUUAUUUGUGAAUUGAUGCCUUGUCUGCCAAAAGAAGGAAUCUUUGCUGUUGAUACUAUGCUGAAGAAAGGAAAUGCACAAAAUACAGAUGGUGCAAUAUGGCAGUGGCGAGAUGACAGGGGUCUCUGGCAUCCCUAUAACAGGAUUGAUAGUCGAAUAAUAGAGGCAGCUCAUCAGGUUGGUGAGGAUGAGAUAAGCCUGUCAACGCUUGGGCGUGUCUAUACUAUUGACUUUAAUUCUAUGCAGCAAAUAAAUGAGGAUACUGGAACAGCACGUGCCAUUCAGCGAAAACCAAACCCUUUAGCCAAUACAAACACUAGUGGACAUUCAGAGUUGAAGAAGGAUGAUGCCCGAGCACAGCUAAUGAAGGAGGACCCAGAGCUGGCUAAAUCCUUUAUCAAGACAUUAUUUGGUGUUCUUUAUGAAGUAUAUAGUUCUUCAGCUGGACCUGCUGUUAGACACAAGUGCCUUAGAGCAAUUCUUAGGAUAAUUUAUUUUGCUGAUGCAGAGCUUCUGAAGGAUGUCCUGAAAAAUCAUGCUGUUUCAAGUCAUAUUGCCUCUAUGCUGUCGAGUCAAGACCUUAAGAUAGUAGUUGGAGCCCUUCAGAUGGCCGAGAUCUUAAUGCAAAAGUUACCUGACAUUUUUAGUGUUUACUUCAGAAGAGAAGGGGUGAUGCACCAAGUGAAAAACUUAGCAGAGUCUGAGGCUUUGCUGACAAGCCCCCCCAAAGUGUGCACUAAUGGAUCAGGAACGCUGAGCACCACUACAACGAUAAGCACUGGAACAGCCACUGCUGCCAGCAAUGCAGCUGCAGAUCUGGGCUCCCCCAGCCUACAGCACAGCAGGGAAGAUUCUCUGGAUCUGAGCCCGCAGGGACGACUGAGUGAUGUUCUAAAGAGAAAAAGGCUGCCAAAACGAGGGCCAAGGAGGCCAAAAUAUUCUCCUCCGAGAGAUGAUGAUAAAGUAGACAAUCAAGCUAAAAGCCCUACAACUACUCAAUCUCCUAAAUCUUCCUUCUUGGCAAGUUUAAAUCCUAAAACAUGGGGAAGAUUAAGCACACAGUCCAACAGUAAUAAUAUUGAACCAGCACGAACAGCAGGAGUUAGUGGUCUUGCAAGGGCUGCUUCCAAGGAUACCAUUUCCAAUAACAGAGAGAAAAUUAAGGGCUGGAUUAAGGAGCAAGCCCAUAAAUUUGUAGAACGCUAUUUUAGCUCUGAAAACAUGGAUGGAAGCAAUCCUGCACUAAAUGUACUACAGAGACUUUGCACUGCAACUGAACAACUCAACCUCCAGGUGGAUGGUGGAACAGAGUGCCUUGUAGAAAUCCGUAGCAUCGUCUCGGAGUCUGACGUCUCCUCAUUUGAAAUCCAACAUAGUGGAUUUGUGAAGCAACUGCUGCUUUAUUUGACAUCUAAAAGUGAGAAAGAUGUUGUAAGCAGAGAUAUCAGAUUGAAAAGAUUUCUUCAUGUGUUUUUUUCUUCUCCACUUCCUGGAGAAGAACCCCUCGGAAGAUUAGAGCCAUUAGAAAAUGCACCUUUGUUGGCAUUAGUCCACAAAAUGAACAAUUGCCUCAGUCAGAUGGAACAGUUUCCAGUCAAAGUGCAUGACUUCCCUAGUGGAAAUGGAACAGGGAGCAGAGGAUCUCAAGCUUUAAAAUUCUUCAACACACAUCAAUUAAAAUGCCAACUGCAAAGACAUCCAGACUGCGCUAAUGUGAAACAGUGGAAGGGUGGACCUGUGAAGAUUGAUCCUCUGGCUUUGGUACAGGCCAUUGAAAGAUACCUUGUAGUUAGAGGUUAUGGUAGAGUUAGGGAAGAUGAUGAAGAUAGCGAUGAUGACGGGUCAGAUGAAGAAAUAGAUGAAUCUUUGGCUGCUCAAUUCUUGAAUUCAGGUAAUGUGAGACAUAGGCUACAGUUUUACAUUGGGGAUCACUUGCUGCCAUAUAAUAUGACUGUGUAUCAAGCAGUCAGGCAGUACAGUUUACAAGCUGAGGAGGAGAGGGAAUCUACAGAUGAUGAAAGCAACCCCCUGGGAAGAGCUGGGAUUUGGACAAAAACACAUACCAUUUGGUACAAACCUGUGCGAGAGGAUGAAGACAGUAAUAAGGACUGUGUUGGUGGUAAAAGAGGAAGAGCACAGACUGCUCCUACAAAAACCUCCCCUAGAAAUUCUAAAAAGCAUGAUGAAUUGUGGCACGAUGGUGUAUGCCCUUCGGUAUUAAAUCCUUUAGAAGUUUACCUCAUAUCUACUCCACCUGAAAACAUAACAUUUGAGGAUCCAUCAUUAGAUGUUAUACUUCUUUUGAGAGUUUUACAUGCUAUCAGUCGAUACUGGUAUUAUUUGUAUGAUAAUGCAAUCUGCAAGGAGAUAAUUCCAACCUCAGAAUUUAUCAACAGCAAACUGACAGCAAAAGCAAACAGGCAGCUCCAGGACCCUUUGGUAAUCAUGACAGGAAAUAUACCCACUUGGCUGACAGAACUUGGAAAAACAUG